ACUUUGGGCAGAAUGUAUCUCACUGGCCGUGACUGAGACGAAAGCAAAUUUUUCAGUGUCAAAAGCUUGCUUCGAAGUUUUGCGAGUUUUGCGUGCCAAAACUUGCAAGCCUCAGUUCAUGGUCUUGGGCAAAAGCAUAGAUUUAAAAUUCAGCUUCUACUACUUUGGGCACAAUGAUAAAACUUUUUUCACUGAAACAACAGAAGAAAGAUGGGGAAGCAACUCCGAAAGCAGGGAACCAGAAGAAAGCUUCUGCAGCUCAACUGAGGAUUACCAAAGAUAUCAACGAGUUGAACUUGCCUAAGACAUGUAGUACAGAAUUCCCGGACCCAGAUGAUUUAUUGAAUUUCAAACUCAUAAUAUCUCCAGACGAAGGCUUUUAUCGGGAUGGAAAAUUUGUUUUUACCUUUAAAGUUGGCCCAAACUACCCUCACGAACCCCCUAAGGUGAAAUGUGAGACCACUGUAUAUCAUCCGAACAUUGAUAUGGAAGGCAAUGUGUGUCUCAAUAUUCUCCGUGAGGAUUGGAAACCUGUUCUCACUGUGAAUUCAAUAGUUUAUGGACUUCAGUACUUGUUCCUGGAACCAAAUCCAGAGGAUCCUUUGAACAAGGAAGCUGCUGAACUUCUGCAAAGUAACCGUCGACAGUUUGAACAAAACGUCCAGAAAUCGCUUCGGGGGGGAUAUGUGGGUUCUUAUUAUUUUGAAAGAGUGCUUAAAUGAUACAACCCUUUUGCUGCAAUGGAAAGCUGAAACUAUGCAUUUCUGUUGCUGCAGAAAAUUGGCAUCCAGCCUGUUAACCUCUGGUUAUGUAAACUCUAACAGUUUGUGCAAGGAAUGCUGUACAUUUUGAAGUCUUUUUUUUCUUUUCGGUGGAAUUUUGGCACCGGUGAACCUGAUAGAUUAUUUUCAUGUGAUAAUUUCCCUUCUUCUUACAACUACAAAUGGAAAAAAGAGCAAAAUAUUAGAUUUAGAAAUAAAAUAUUGGUGUUUGUAUGCACAGGAUUGUUCUGUUCCAUAGAUGACUUGUGAAAAUGAGCUUCUUUAACUUGUAGACCUAGUGGCUAUGACUCACUGGAUUGAGGUGGUAAUAUUCGGUGGGAUUGUUCCAACAUGAAAUAAAUAAACAAUAAACAUGUUGAUGAGGAGAGCCUAGGGCUGUAUGUGUUGGAAGGCUGUGGUGAAAUGAAUGAGCUUCUGUAUGUCUUCAUAACUUCGGUUAGUCUAAAUUUUUAUUUAACAAAGUUUAGGAUUGCUUGGAAUGUUUUGUUCCUCCACACAAAUGUAUUGCUGUAAUUUUAUUAUGUGUGUUUAUCUUAUAAGGGCUCACAAGUUUUUUCAUGUAAACUUUUAUUUUCAUUUUUGUUAGAUAUUUAAGAAACACCACAUUAUAAUUAUGGACAGAGACUGCUGUAAAUAAAACAAAACUAUUGUUACUGAAACA